AUGUCCAAACAACAAUCAAAUUCACCAGUUUUUCCAUUAGGAGAACCAAAAACAUUCCAAGACACCAUUAGUGGUAUUGAGGGACACAGUUCACAAAAUGGAAUUUUAAUUGGAGUAUCGUCAUGGGAUAAAACAUGUAAAGCAUUUUUAGUUAAUUCACCAACACAAACACAAAUUGUUGGAAGUGUUAAUUGUAACUCACCACUAACUUCUAUAUGUAAAGUUCAUGAAUCACAAUUUUUAGUUGGAUCACUUAAUGGGGGAGUAUAUUUGUGGAAUGUUCAACAAAAUUCACUACAACAAGUAGGACAAUUCAAUGAUUGUAUAACUUCUAUGAAACCACUUCUUGAAACUAAUUCUAUUGUUAUUUCGAGUUUAGAUGGAUCAUUAGGACUACUCGAUUUGAAUUCAGGUAAUAUUUCAAAAAUGCCAGUGAAUAAUAAAGUUAUUUGUAUGGAUGCUAAAUACCCUUAUAUUACUUUCCAUACUCCAAAUAAAGUAGAAGUAUUUAAUAUACAAUCAGGUAAGUUAAUGACAGAUACUCUUAUUGGAGGGCAACAAUCUACUAUUAAUUCAAGUGUUCAAUGUAUAGCAGUAUUCCCUGAUAGAAAGGGUAUUGUAUAUGGUGGUGCUGAUGGAAGAGCAAAUGUUCUUCAUUUUGAAAACAAAAGUAACCAAUAUACUUAUGCAUUUAAAGCUCAACAUAAAAAAAUAUCAACAACUCAAACAUACUAUUAUCCAGUUAAUUCAAUUUCAUUUUAUAAUGAAACAAUAUUCCUUACUGCUGGUAGUGAUGGUGUUAUUAAUAUUUGGGAUAAAAAUAAGAAAAGCCUUGUUAAUACUUUAACUUCUCCUAUUCAAAAUUGUCCAAUAACUACAGCUGAUUUCAUUUGUGAAAAUAAAUUUUUAGCUUAUUCAGUUGGAUAUGAUUGGCACCAAGGAGUAGAAGGACUUCUUCAACAACAAGUGUCAGUUCCAGUAAUCAAAGUAGUGGAUGAUCCUUUAGUUCGUUUAUGA